CCCGCGACAGCUGAUAAUCGUGCGUCAUUGCUGUGGUGCUGCUGUCAUUAUCGUUGAUAUCCUUGUGUUUUCAACUUUGUAGUCUAAUUUUAUCGAUUACUCUUAUUUAUAAACUUAAUUAAGGCCUACAGUUUUCGUAAAGUUUGAUUAACUAAUCGUAUAUAUCCACUAUUUAUAAUGGUCGACAGCGAAAGAUUGAGAAGUUGGCUAAAACAAUAUCAUAAUCCUGAUGUGGCCUAUAGAGAAAUAAUGAGUGUUACAAAUCAGUACAGAGGUUUACAUCCGGAACAAAGCCUUUACAAUUUUAAUGAUGGAUCUAGAAUGGAACUUGUUAAUUUAAGUGGUACAAUUCCCGUCAGAUAUAAAGGAAGUGUCUACAAUAUUCCAAUUUGUAUCUGGCUCAUUGAUACACAUCCACAAAAUGCACCUAUUUGCUAUGUUAAACCCACUUCAGAUAUGUCCAUAAAAGUAUCCAUGUUUGUUGAUCAGAGUGGAAAAAUCUAUUUGCCAUACCUACAUGAUUGGGUGCCAAGCGAGUCAGAUUUACUAGGCCUAAUUCAGGUUCUAAUAGUCACUUUUGGUGAUCAACCUCCGGUGUUUGCAAGAGCUAAAGACACUGAUCCUUAUGGUGCAAACUCCUUCAUGCCCCAACCAUCAGGAAGUUUCGUGCCAUAUCCAACAACUUAUCCGCCAGCGCCACCUUCAAGCAAUUUUAGUGGAUAUCCUCCUUAUCCUCCGACUAGCAACAAUGCUUUUCCCGGUUAUCCCCCAUAUCAAACUCCUUACACUCCUUACCCCAUUACUGGAUUUGGCACUCCUCAACCACCAGUUGGUACGGGGACUAUCAAAGAGGAACACAUUAGGGAAUCUCUUCUGACGGCCCUAGAGGAAAAAUUGUUGAGAAGGAUGAAAGAGCAGUUCCAACAGAAUCAAGCUGAAUUAGAUACUCUUAAACGUACUCAAGAUGAGUUGAAGCAGGGCAAGAUGAAGUUGGACAGUAUACUUAGUCGACUUGAAAAAGAAAAAAACGAUUUGGAUAAAAAUAUCACAAUGUUACAAGACAAGGAACAGGAACUAGAUAAAGCAAUAGAGAGGAUUAGCAAUGAAGAAACUAUAGAUGUUGAUGAUGCGGUAAUAACUACAGCUCCUUUAUAUAAACAACUACUUAAUGCGUUUGCCGAAGAAGCUGCACUAGAAGACACCAUAUACUAUAUGGGCGAGGCACUGAGAUGCGGUGUAAUUGAUCUCGACGUGUUUUUAAGACAGGUCAGAACUCUGUCAAGAAAACAAUUUAUGUUACGAGCGUUAAUGCAAAAGUGUCGCCAAAAAGCUGGAUUGUCUAUUUGAGAUUAUUGUUAACGGAAUCGGAAUGUUGAAAUUAUCGCUGCUUUAUUCGAUUUGUAAUGUAAUAUAUGUUAAGUUCUGUAAGGAAGUUUAAUAUGAGUCUUGAUGAGUUUUUAUAAUUUGUAUACUGUUAUAAGGAAUAUGUAAUCACAAAUAAAUAUAUGUAUGUUUUAAAGU